UGAUUAUUAGCGAAACGAGACGACAGUCCGUGUGAACCGUUUGCGAGAGAAUAUUGCGGACAACGGAGGCCUCAGAGAGUCGUUCCGCGCGUUUCAGACGUACGUCAAGACAUACGGAGAACCACAACGACUGCCAUAUGUCUUGCAAUACACACCACAACAGAUGUAUUUCCUCUCAUACGCGUCCAUGUGGUGCAAUAAUAUCCGACCGAAAGAGUUGAGAACACAAAUUGAGAUGUCCUCGACCACGCCCUACAAAUACCGGUCCUUUUCCGAUGCCUUCGAGUGUGGAUCCCAUUCCCCGAUGAAUAUGACAGUCAACUGUGUUUUGUGG